GACCCGCCGCCGCUGGCGCUCGCGGGGACUGCCAGGCUCCGCGCGGUCCCCAGCCCCGCGCCUGCCGCGUCCGCGCCGCACAGUUGCCCAUGGCUGACCUGAGCUUCAUCGAGGAUGCAGUCGCCUUCCCCGAGAAGGAGGAAGACGAGGAGGAGGAGGAAGAGGGCGUGGAGUGGGGUUACGAGGAAGGUGUUGAGUGGGGCUUGGUGUUUCCCGAUGCUAACGGGGAGUACCAGUCUCCCAUCAACCUGAACUCCAGAGAAGCCAGGUACGACCCCUCGCUGCUGGAUGUCCGCCUGUCUCCAAAUUACGUGGUCUGCCGGGACUGUGAAGUCACCAACGAUGGACACACCAUUCAAGUUAUCCUGAAGUCAAAAUCAGUUCUGUCAGGAGGACCGCUGCCUCAGGGACACGAGUUUGAACUCUAUGAAGUUAGAUUUCACUGGGGAAGAGAAAACCAGCGUGGCUCUGAGCACACGGUUAAUUUCAAAGCUUUUCCCAUGGAGCUCCACCUGAUCCACUGGAACUCCACGCUCUUUGGCAGCAUCGACGAGGCGGUUGGGAAGCCGCACGGCAUUGCCAUCAUUGCGCUGUUCGUCCAGAUAGGGAAGGAGCAUGUUGGCUUGAAGGCAGUGACUGAGAUACUCCAGGAUAUCCAGUAUAAGGGAAAAUCCAAAACAAUACCCUGCUUUAAUCCUAACACUUUGUUACCAGACCCUCUUCUGCGGGAUUACUGGGUCUACGAAGGCUCCCUUACUAUCCCACCUUGCAGUGAAGGAGUUACCUGGAUAUUAUUCCGAUACCCUUUAACUAUAUCCCAGUUGCAGCACAAUGACACAGGAAAUAGAAAUCAAAGUAAAUCUGCUAGAUUGGAUGGCCAUAGGAACUUGGGAUCUCGGAUAGAAGAAUUCCGAAGGCUGAGAACACACGUUAAGGGGGCAGAACUUGUAGAAGGCUGUGAUGGGAUUUUGGGAGACAAUUUCCGACCUACCCAGCCCCUGAGUGACAGAGUCAUUCGAGCCGCAUUUCAGUAGCCAGAAAGACUAUGAUCAAACCCAUCUGCAUCAGGGAGGAAGACAGUGGUCCUAUGGAGCCCUUGGAUGAGGCGUGGAACUUCUUGAGUGGCAGCUUCCUUUUAACCCUCAAGCCUGCAUUGUCUUCCGCUUCUCCAGCUUGGAUGGAUAUCUGUGACCAUUGUCUGCACACAUGCUGUUCUGAAAUAUUAGAAGUGGCUGUUGACUGGAAAGGAACUCAGCGUGUGAGCACGCCACAGCUGCUGAUAUUCAGACUUUGCACAUACUGCUUUUUGCUGAUGUAUAGAAAGAGUAACAGUAGUUUUCAGACCUAUUGAUAUGACUGUGUUGUAUAUCAAUAUGAGACAAAAGAAACCCUCCACAUUUCCAGAGCCAAGUUGUUCAUUUUCUGUCUGUAUUAGAAAAUACGCUCAUCCCCAGCCUAGUGUAAUUCUUGAUAAUAAAAAGAGUUUUGAUUCACAACAGCCUAGAACUCCAAAAUACAACAUGAAAGAGUCAUAAAAAUUA